AUGAUAAAUAAUUCAUUAAUCAAAGUACAAGUGAAGGACUACACUUCUCCAACUAAACCUUAAAGGAGACUAAUUUAAUAAAGAAUUAAACCAUUUAUGGAAGCAUAUGGAAUAUCUCCUGAGUUCUUUGAAAUCAAAGGUAAAUCAGUUGUUUUCAAAAAUAACAAUCCCAAUAAUCUAACCCAUUUAAAUAAAAGUGUAAUAUCAACCUAAUCAACUAAAAAGAAACAAAACCAAAAAAUAUAAAUUAAAAGACCUCAAACAGCCUCAAUACAAUUACCUAAUAAUGUUGUCUUACCUAUUUCCAAUAAAUAUGCUAAUCUUUUCAAUGAAAUAAAGAGUACUCAAUAAAAACCAUAAGUACAAUAACCAAAGAAAGUUGAGUAGUCUCUAAUUUAGGAAGAAGCAGAUGAAGCAUCAGACUCAAGUUAUAUUUAGAAACAUGAAAUAAUGCUAAAAGAUAUAGCUGAAUUAGAAAAGUAAUUAUAUUAUCAUACUAGGGUUAAAUAAGAGAAGAUCUUAGAGUUAGAAAUGUUACAAAACAAAAUAGAGGAAGCUAAAAAUGCAGAGAUUAAUUCUUCUCGUUUCAUUAUAAAAAAGAAUGUACAUAAACCUACUCUUAGAGAGAAGAAAGAUAAGGCUGCUUCAUUGAUUUAGGCUCAUAUUAAAGGCAGGAUGGAUUAUAAACGAUUUAUAGAAUGGAAAAAAAAGAAGGAAGAUAAAUUAAGAAAGGUAAUAUUUAUAUAAACAUGGUGGAGAAUUGAAAUGAAGCAUUUAAGAAUAUAAAGAUAAUUUAAAAUAGCUCAUCAAUCUAAAUAAGUGAGGUUAAUAGAUGGGCAUACCUUUCUAAUCAUUACUAAUUAUUCUUAUACCUUAUAUCGGAUUAGAUUAUUAUUUAUUGAGAGAAUGGGAGUGAUUAAGGGAGAUUUUAGAUUAUAUUUGAAUUAAUAGAAUUGUUCAAAAUUACUUAAUGAGGACAUAUCUAAACAAUCAUUCGAAUUUUUAUCUUUAAUGAAUAUAAUCAUCAAUAGCCUAAUAAAAUUAAUCUAAAUUUAGGACAGUCGUCUAAUUUUUGAUUUAUAGAAAUAAAAUUUAAUUGAUAUUCCAAGAUUGGUAUUACAAGUUUACUUGAACUUAAAUCAUAUUACUGCAAAUUAAUAUUCAUUGAUCAUUAAUUAAGUAGAACCAGAAACCUAAUUAGUAAUAUCAAAAGAUUAACAUGAAUAAUCUAAUUAGAAACCUAUUAUUGUAGUGGGAGAACCCUAAACUUAAUUACUUGAAUAAUAAUAAGAAAUCAAAGAAGAUAAUUAGAUAGAAUAAGAAGUAUAAGUGUAAAUUAUCAAGGAAAAUGAAAAAAAUUAACAUAUUGAAUUAUAUAGUUAAAAAGUUGAAUUAUCUGAUAUUUUGUAAUAAUAAUAAUAAAAGGAGUAAUAAUAAUAAGAGUAAUAACAAUAACAAUAACAAUAACAAUAAUAAUAAUAAUAAUAAUAAUAAUAAUAAUAAUAAUAAUAAUAAUAAUAAUAAUAAUAAUAAUAAUAAUAAUAAUCUGGAGAAGAUAUUAAUAAUAAUCAUCAAAACUAAAAUUAGAAUCAAGAAGUGAUACAGGAUGAAAAUAAUGUUGAAUGUUAAAAACUUUUAAAUUCUUAAAUAAAUUAGAAUAAUUAAAGUUAAGUAGAAAUUAUAAAUAAUGAAAAUUUUUCAGAGUAGAUAAAUUAAUAAAGUGAGUUUUAAUAAUCAGAGAAAGAAUAAAAAAUUGAAUAAGAUAAUUAAGAUAACUUGAACAAUGAUUAUAUUAAAAAUUAAGAAUAAUAAUAAGUGACAAAUUAAAAUUAAUUCUAUGGUUUUUAGGAUCCCUUAAAUUCAUAAAUAUUUAAUAAAGAGCAUCAAGAAUUUCAAUAAUUCAUUUCAGAUUUAAAGAAUGAUAUAGUAGAAGUUAAUUAAAGUAAUUUUGAAACUCAUUAGAAUUCAAAUUAGAUUAAUAAUAACUUUUAAGAAACUAUAAAAUUGUGUGAAGGCACAUAAAUUAUCUAAAAUGAAGUUAUGUUAUCAUAAAGAUCAUAUAAUAAUAAUGAGCAAUAAAUAAAUUAAUAAGAGACUACUUAGAAUAUUUAGGAUGAUUAAGAAUUAAUAAUUAAGGUAAAAAAAGAAGAUUUAGUAGAAGGGAUGGAAUAAAAUUAAGAAGAAAUUAUUUAAAAUUAAUAGGAAGAAUGUGAAGUACAAUAAUAAUAAGAGUUAUAAAACAAUUUAUAAGAAGAUUAAAAGAUAGAAUAUGUUUAAGAAUAGAAUUUGGAGAUUAUUUAACAAUAAGAAAAAAAAAGUUGUACUGCAAAUGUAGAAAAUAACAAUUAAGAUUUUGAAUAGAUAGAGAAUUAGGUUGAUAAACCUUAAGAAAUUCAAGAAUAGGAAGAGGAAUAAUAAUAAUAGAUAGUAAUAUCUGAAUAGGGUAAUUAAUAGAAUAGUAAUGUGUUAUCACAUUAGAUUGAAUAAGAACCAUCUUAAUAAAGUUUUAAAAAAAAGGAAAAUGAUCAAAAUUAAUUAUAAUUGCCUUCAUAAAUAGAUUUUCAUUUGCUUAAAAGUGGGGAGAGUAAUUUCUUUGAACCUCCUAAUUCUGGCAAAGAGACAGCAAAAUACUUGAAUUCAGGAGAACUAUUAAGUAGAACACAUUUUCUUUCUUAGUUGGGAUAGUUAGGAAAAUUUGAAUAUGAGAAUAAUUCAUUAUUGGGAUCAGGAGAAUUGAAAAAAGAUUUAGAAGGUUUAUAAGAGCCUUUAAAUUUAAGAAAUAAAAGCAAUAAUCAAUAAGAAUUAUUUUCUGAAUCUCAAACAUUUUAAAAUAGAAUGCCUAGUGAUUUUAGAUCACCUUUUAUAGAUGAUACAUUUAAAUUAAGCACAACUUUUAAAUUUUAAUUUAGUUCUGAAAUAAAAGCUUUUGAAAGUGGACUAUUUAUUUCUGAAAAAUUUGAUAUAAAAAUUUAAUAGUAAGAUUCUCUUGAGUACUCAAUGGAUGAAUCCUAAGAUUUGCAACCUAUUUACAUCACAACAAUAAAGGUUGAUGAUAAUGAUGUAGACGUAUUUUAGAUAAAGAAUGUAUUAAGAUUUAAGGAUAAGAAUAAUUUAUAUUAAUCUUAUGAUUUCUAGAUAUCUAAAAUGUAGUAACUUAAUUGUGAUUAUAUAAUUCAAAAUUUAUAUGUGUACAUAAUAAAAAAUAGUAUUAAAUGUAUAGAUGGGAAUUAAAUAUUAAGAAUAUAAAGAUAUUUAAAGAGAUUUAGAUUUAUUUAAUCAUGCUUAUUAAUUUUAGAUAAGGAGUCAACUUUAGUUUGUUUAUUUAAAUCAUGUAAUGAAUAUAAUAAUUAAAAGUUUUUUAGAUAAAGAUGAAUUUUUAUGGAAAUGUAAAAUUUGGAGAGUAAAUUAUUAUUGAGAAAAUGACAUUAAAGUAAAGGAGAAUAUUGGAGAAGAAUUUUUACUCGAUUUGCCCAUAAUUAUUAUUUUCUGAUAAAGGUUUGGAAUAGAAGAUACUUGCAACAAUAGAGGCUAUUAAUAUUUAAAGUUGA